UUCCAAUGUUUGUCUGUCCCUACUGUUGCUCGACUCUCAUUCUGCUGUCCAUCGUCAACACUCUGCUUCAUUGAGCAAUCAACAUCCUUAUUAAAUGUUGCUCAUCGCUCAUGCAUCAUGGCCUACUCGGCUGCACAAGUAUAUUUCAUAUCCAUUAACUGGUAUCGGAGCAUGUACACAGCGGGCAUUUUCACAACAAAUUUUCUGUCUACAGCAAGAUAAGCAACAUCAUCAUUUAUCCCUUGAAGAAUCUCCCAGAUCAAUGUAUGAUCGCGGCCAUCAACCAGACCCGGAUGAACUACGUCGGCUUCUAACGAAAGGCAUUCGAGCCUACUUCUAUUUCAUUGAUGUGCAUGGUCAGGUUUUUCUUCAGGACACCAACCCAAAGAACUUCACGUCCUGUUAUAAAGAUCCAAAAUUCCUAGACUUUUUUCUUCGUCGAAUCAAACCCAAUUCAUCCCCAUUCUUUUCUGAAUAUGCAUGGCAGAGUCCCUGCGGCAAGGAAAUUAACUUUGUUGAAUCUGCUGAUACCCCUCUUGUCUUCCACGGCUUCCAGGAUGGGAAUUUGUUAUGGGCAGGCACACAACGAACUCCGUUCCUUCCAGAAAAACUCUGUGUAUCGGCAUCGACCGGACGAAUCUAUCAUCCAUUACCUCCGUCACUGCAAAUUGCGAUACCUUCUUCGAGCACAGACAUGAAUGCAAAUAAAAGGUCAGAAUGGCAUCGAGGAUGCACCUUAGGCUUAAUCAAAUCGUCAUUAGUGCUAAGCGAGUUUGCAGCAGAUCUUGAUGAGGAUUCAGUCGUCUGGCAAGGGACAAGACAUUUGUUAAAAAAAGUAUAGAGGGGCUUUGGCUCUUAAAUCCUACAACAAAGGGAAAUAAAGCUGCGAUG